AUGCAUGUGAUCAAGUCAUCUUUUCUUAAUAGUAUGCUUGGUAAUAAUAGAAACGUUGACACCGGCGUAGUUUCUCAGGCUCGGGCCGUCGACCCAAAUGAGUAUGGAGAGAGUGUUUCUCUCGUGGACCAGAAAGAUGACCAGCCAGCAAGGCUCCAAAUGAGCGAGCAGACCGCAGCUACAUUAGCACAGCUUAAUCUUCAGCCACCUACGUUGUCUCAUCAAGCAGCACAUCAAGGGCAAUUACAGCAGCAACAACAGUUACCACCCCGGCAGGUACAGCUACCCCCUGUGGAUAAUAGGUAUUCCUCUGCAAUUACUUCCAUGUCUGACCCGUCAAACUGCAAUAUUCCGGGAAUGGGCAGGGAGCCGAUGCGUGUCUCUAAAACGCCUGCUACAGAUGUUACGCAUACAAGAUCCAAUCCCCCAUUCACCGAGCCUGCCAAGCCGACGGUCAAGAAGAGCAUAAACGAAAUGACAGAUGCCGAGUACGCUGAGUAUUCUAACCAAAACAUGAAGAAGUAUCAAGCAAGCCUUUUGCACAAGCUAUUUGUCACAAAGACGUGCACAGCAAUAGACAAGCAAGAGAUUGAUGACCUGGUCAAGAUAGACAAGGAGUUCCGUGCUCAGUAUCUCCAAAUGAAGCAAGAGGCUGACCGAGAAGAGGAGGAGACACGACGACGUGCAAAGGCGGAGGAAGAGCGUCAGAUUGCCGAAAGAAUACAGAUGGAACUGAACGCCAAGCAAGCAAAACUAGAUAAAGUGUUGCACGCGCGCGCAGGUCAUUUCGAUGAAAGUGAGUUUGUCCCGGCUGAGCCUGCUCCCAGGACUAGAUACAUUCCUCAGGACGAGCAGAUGCCGGCAGCUAGUAGUGCACUUCUAGAUAAGAUGCAAACCGAGCUCUUAUCUACGAAGUCACAGCUAUCAAAGGCUCUAGAUGAAAUUGAACGUUUAGAGAUCGAAGUACGCAAGGAGCGGGAACAAAAGGAUGCCUUGUCUGCCACUGUCGAGAGCUUGCGUAGGGAACUAGAAAAGGCCAGAAGUGCAAACCAAGUUGUAUCCACAUCCUCCUCUGCAGUGCAAAUGGAGCGCCCUAUAGAGUCGCCCGGGAAGAGCUCGAGCAUGCCUAUCCACAAUUCUCCUGGUAUCAGGCCUCCUUUGCACGUCGGCACUAACCGUACAACAGACUCCCAAAGCCGUCAGCCUGGCCAGUUCUCGGGACUUCCUCAACAGAAGGAGCAGCAGAAUGAAGAGACUUUCAUGGAUAUCCUCAAGAGGAAGAUAAGCACGACGCUGACUAACGUGGAAUAUGCUAUUCCACUGAAGAAAAAGGAUGGUACGGAGAGGCCAAGCAGUCCACGACGUAUUUCACAUGCUCCACCAGUGCCGCCUUCAGCACCAAAUAUUGGACAGGCCUCUAGUGGUAUCACUAACAGCUCCGCUUUAAAUGACACCGUGUCGUUCCUAAAUGCACAGGAGUCUAUAUUGCAGGUUAAUGCGAACCAGGGCCCACAAGAGCCAGACGAUGCUUCGCUGUACUCGAUAAAGCAAAAUACACUCAACCCUUAUAUGCAAACCCUUAUUUGCGAGAACGAUAUUCUGCUGGUUGAUUGUGACAACCAGAGUAUGCAAUCCACCGAUGCCUUCAACACCUCAACAAUGUCGACCGGUAAUAUUCCGGAGAGCCUAAUGCAUGGCCCAAAUGCUUCGUUUAACCACAGGAUUCGCUCUAUAGACCCGAGUGAUCAUCAUAACAGAACGCAAGAAACAGAGAAUAGAGAUGAUAGUUUCCCCCUAUAUGUAGAUUCAUUGCCAACCAAUAGCAAUCUUAGUAAUAGCCUUUUAACAACUGAAGGACAGCAGAGUGCUGAAAACAACAAGCCCCAAACGAAUUUCAUAAUGUCCGACGACGGUCUUGUGCAGCGUUCAGCAGAUGAAGCAGCUGCGCGCUCAAGCAAUAUUCUUGGGCACCCCUUUACUGUGCGGCACGUCUUGCAAGAUGGGUCCAGCACUCAUUUUCUGACGCACAAUAACCUACGAGGUCAAAUGAUUUUCGAUCACGAUAGCGAUAGCGACGGUUCUUUGCUGACAGAGAGCGUUCCUGACGAGCCUUCUUGA